AUAUUUGCUAACGAUAUAUGUGUAUUUACAGGAGGAAGAAACCAGCAAUGUCAACGAACGAAUCAUUGCAUUCGUGAAGGAACAUAAGGUUCUCUACGAUAAAACGUUGCGAGCAUACAAAAAUAAUAACAACAGAAACAAGCUUUGGGUGCAGCUUGCAUCAGAACUCGGAAUGGAUGCAAAAUCGUUAACAACGCGCUGGAGAUCUUUAAGGGAUCGGUACGUGAAAGAGUUGAAAAUAGCAGAUCUCAAUCAUCGAUCAGGAGCAGAGGCGAAUGACGCAGACGAUUCAUGGGAAUUUAUGGAGCACAUGGCAUUCUUGAAGGAACACGUCGCCAAGAGAAAGACUACGAGUAACUAUGAUGGGCCAAGCUCAAGUCAGCAAACUGAUUUCCACAACUUGGUCGAAGAACACCUUGAUGAAGAAUCAGAAGGCACACCUUCGCGAACUCCAACAUCAUCGAGAAAAAGAAAAGCCGAUGACGUCGAUGAUAAAAUGUCGGCGCUGUUGGAAAAGUAUAUUGAAAAUGCUUCAAAUGAGAAGCACUCGGUAUUUGGGAAGCUGGUGGCAUGCAAGUUGUCAAAAUUCCCAGAACAUAUUGCUGAAAGGGUAGAAGCUGAGAUAUUGAAUGUUAUUUACAACGCUAACGCUAAUUAUCGAGCGGAAACAAAUAAUGAGUAAAUUUGGCUGUAUGCUAAAUUUACCAUUUUUACUCAUUUUGCUUACUUCGACUCAUUUUAACUACACCUCGUUUAUAUUGUUUAUUUUUAACAUGUUCUGUACGAUUGUCUGUACCCAUCUGUUCCAGGGUAUGAUCUUGACAUAUUUGGUCAUUUUGUAUAGAAAUUGGCUAUCACUUCUAACUUUUGUGAACACAACUGUGUAUGAGGAUAGCAUGACGGUAAAACCAUUUUUCACCACAAAUUUCAAGAACACAAAACUAGCAAAGCAUGAAGAAUUUAUUGAAUUGAUCGAUAUGUCAUGGUAUGUAUUUUAUGCUUAAUAAUACUUUAAAUACAUUUAGCGUUCAGUGACGCCUAGACAACAUGAAA